AUGACGCAGGCCGUGAAGCGUGCCUGCGAUGCUUGCCAUAGUCGCAAGGUGAAGUGCGAUAGUGUCAACCCAUGCCGCAACUGCGGUCAGGCUCAGCUCUCGUGUACCUACAAUGCGAUCCCCCAGAAGAAGGGACCUAAGGGUUCCCGCGCAAAGGGUAUCAGCGAACUGAGAGAGACACAACGACAAACGAGUCUGUCAGCAAAGGUCCAAAACCGGAUCAAUGGAGGCCCUUGUGCACCACCAAACCCCGGCUUGGCCCCGACUCCAGGAUUCCUGAAGAGCGAACUUGUCAAGGAGUGCAUCGCCUUCUUCUUCGAUAACCUAUACCCCCAGCUACCGAUCCUCGACCGCAACUCUGCGGAACAGCAGGCGCUUGAAAUGGAGCAGAACCGUGGCGCCUACUGCCUGUUGGCUUCGCUCUCUGCCAAAGUACGUAAAGGCUACGAAUAUCUCGACUCCAUCAGCCUGAACGUCUUGGCUACCAACUUCUUCCUCUUCGCAUGUCACUAUGGACUUGAGUCGCACGAUCGUUCUUGGUAUUACCUUCGUGAGGCUUCCACCAUGAUCCACCUAACUGGCAUGCACCAGGAGGAUCACUACAUGAAGCAUGAGUCUGUAGAAGCUUCACGUCGUCGCCGACUAUUCUGGCUGGUCUACGCCACCGAGAGGGCUUAUGCCCUCCAGCGCAGCCGUCCUCUAACCCUGCAGGCGACCAUCAAUCUGCCCACAGUGAAUGAUGACAUGACCGACCCCCUUGCUCAUCAUCUCAACGGCUUUCUCAUUCUAAGCAAUCUCUUCAAGCCCUUUGACGACACCUUCAACAACACAUGGAGCAAGGCUCGCCACAACCUGUCGCCGCAAUACCUCGCCGGUAUGCAGAAGCAGCUUACCGAUCUUGUACAGUCCUAUGAAAUUAUUGAUCGAAAUUGA